AUGAGGUCGCUGUGGCUGUGCUGGGCGCUGUGGGCCCUUCCCCUACCGGGCCCCGGGGCCGCCCUGAGCGGGGACCACAUCCUCAGCACCCUGCUGCGGCAGCUGCAGCUCCGAGAGGCGCCCGUCCUGGACGCAGGCGACCUGGAGGAGCUGGUCACCCCCGCGCACGUAAUGGCCCAGUACGUGGCCCUGUUGCAGCGCAGCCACGGGGUCCGCUCUCGAGGGAAGAGGUUCAGCCAGAGGUUCCGAGAGGUGGCGGGCAGGUGGUUGGCGUCCGAGGCCUCCACGCACCUGCUGGUGUUCAGCAUGGAGCGGCGGCUGCCCCCCAACAGCGAGCUGGUGCGGGCGGUGCUGCGCCUUUUCCAGGAGCCGGUGCCCAGGGCCGCGCUGCGCAGGCACGAGCGACUGUCCCCGCACAGCGCCCGCGCCCGCGUCACCGUCGAGUGGCUGCAGGUCCGCGAAGACAGCUCCAACCGCACCUCGCUGGUGGACUCCAGGCUGGUGUCCCUCCACGAGAGCGGCUGGAAGGCCUUCGACGUGACAGAGGCGGUGACCUUCUGGCAGCAGCUGAGACGGCCUCGCCAGCCUCUGCUCCUGCAGGUGACGGUGCACAGGGAGCACCUGGGCCCGCUGGCCUCGGGCGCCCACAAGCUGGUGCGCUUCGCCUCCCAGGGGCCCGAGGGCGCGCGGCAGGGCGAUCCCCAGCUGGAGCUGCACACGCUGGACCUGGGGGCCUACGGAGCUCAGGGCGACUGUGACCCCGAGGCGCCCGUGACGGAGACCACCCGCUGCUGCCGCCAGGAGAUGUACAUUGACCUGCAGGGGAUGAAGUGGGCUGAGAACUGGGUCCUGGAGCCCCCGGGCUUCCUGGCCUACGAGUGCGUGGGCGCCUGCCAGCAGCCCCCGCGACCCCUGCCCUUCGAGUGGCCAUUUCUGGGCCCGCGGCAGUGCAUCGCCUCUGAGACGACCUCGCUGCCCAUGAUCGUGAGCGUCAAGGAAGGAGGCAGGACCAGGCCCCAGGUGGUCAGCCUGCCCAACAUGAGGGUGCAGAAGUGCAGCUGCUCCUGGGACGGGGCGCCCGUGCCCCGGAAGCUGGAGCCUUAGGUUGGGGGCAGAGCCACCCAGGCGUCGGGCUGGACAGGUGCACAGAAACAGGUCUUGACAUAGGUGUUAUUUCCUCCUUAGCAGGUGACCCCUGGCCCCACUCAGCACCCUGUUCUACCUUUCCUGCAGGUUCUUCCAUUUCUUGUCCUCUUCUGCACCAUCACCCACCCUAAGCACUUACAUGAGUCACUAAUGCAGCUCUGACUGCUGAGUUCUAGAAGGAAAUCCCAGCCUCCUUGUUAUAGGAUGCAGCCAGCUCAGACAGACUGCCUGCUGGGAGUUUCUGUGGCAAAUUCUCAG